CGCAGAACGUCAACAAGAGGAAAAGAGACUUGCGAAAGGAAAUGUUUCUUCUGAAGAGGUUCUCCCUCGAAUAUUGCCUGCCCUGUUCCUCUCCCUCUCCUCUUCUCGCCUCUCAAGUCCCUGCGUCGCAGUCACCGACCGCGUUGAGUCCCCAACUGCACUGUCGCCGCUCUUUUCCCUCUCCGCGAAAUCGCUCUAAAACCUCCGGCAUUUCUUUCUUUCUGAGUCUUCUCAACGAGCUUCUGCUCUCUCCCGUUUCUCCCUCGCUCUGCUAGUUCUCCUUUAUCUCCCCUCUGUUUUCUCUUCUUGACUCUUCCUCCUCUUCUCUCUCGUUUCUUUCACUUCCCCUUGUUCUCUGCCGCCAUCUUCCUCUUCUCGCGUUCUCGCUCUUCAACUCUGGACCUCUUUUCCGUUUGCUCUCAGCUUCCUUCCCCGUCGCUGGCCUCCGCCUCUCUUCUCUCUCCCUCUCGUUUCCUUCUCGCCGGCUGAGAGAGUUCCUUCUCGCAAUGGAGGACGCGAAGUUGCAGGCGAUCCACGACCAUCUUUCUGCGAAAAAGCAGGAGAGAGGCCGCAGAGGAGGCCUCGGAACAGGCGCGCGCGCUUCGAGAAGCGAACCGCCGCCUCCUGCGCCGGCGGGGGACGGCCAUGUCUACUUCAGCGAUGACGACGAGAGAGACGGCAAACAAGGAAGCAGAAAGCAGGAGAAAACAGAAGGCCCCACAGAGUCGUCAGGAGAGACGCUGUCUCCGACGUCUCCACUCUACGCCUUCUUCGUUCGCGGAGGCACUCUUGCUCCCUCUGUCCCUGCUGAGCAGGAGACGCUUGGGAAGAAGUCGCGUCGAGACUCUCCACCGAAUCCGCAGGCGGCGAGUUCGUCGGCUGUGGGGCCUGGAGGAGGGUCUGCAAAGAAGCGAAAGGAAGCGCCGGCGUCGUCGAGGAAACGCAACAUGCCGGAGGCGGUUCCUGACCAACGCGGGAGCGAAGACGAGAGCGAGAAGAAGUCCAAGAGGAAGAAGAAACGCAGUGCUUUCGUAGAGCAAGACACCGAGGCAGAGCAGGUCCGGUGUGUGUCUGCAGCGAAGCCAGAGGAGGGAGAGCGAAACCAAGACUCAUCUGAAGACGAACCUGAUGCUUCGUUCUCUGCGUCGUCUUGCGUGCAACUCUCAGGCCUUCCUCUGUUGCGCCUGUCGCUCUCCCGAGCUGGUGCGGCACCUUCAUCGCUUAGGUCGUUUGCUCUGCAAGACGUUCUGAGUCACCUUCUGCAGGUCGAGCGAGUCACAACUUGCGGGGCGUCUGCAGGAAAUGCCAAGCAAGGGAAACCGAAGGCGUUUCUCAUCGUGGGAGGCUCGGGUCAUGUCGACCGCGUCCUUCUUGAAGUUGGUGGAAACAGGGAGAAACUGAAGAAAGCUACGCUCCGUCACAUCAGUGGACUUCUCCAGUUGGAAAGUGGAGAGUCUGGUCACCUGAAUGGAACUUUCCUGCGAGUCUCAUCUGACGUAGCAGAAGACGAAGAACCUUGUCUUUCAGGAUCGUUCCAGGCGUCGACUUUCAUCUUGCCCAAGAAAGGAGAAGUGACUCUCUACGGAUUUGCGUUGCCGUAACUGUGAAGGAGCCGCGGCAGACAGAACGGAGAGAAACUGGGGAAGCGGAACGGCGAACAGCUGGAUCACGCCGUCCGUCACAAAGCAGACCAGGGUGAUCCUCGAGCGACAAGCGUUUGCUGCUGCUGGACUUUGCAAAGGGACCUGAGGAACGCCUCGGAAGCGGGGGACUCCGGCAGACAGCAAAGUCUGUGACCCCCCACGAAAGGAGAAACGAGAGGAGACAGGACGGCCGGUGCAAGGGUGUGCGCAUAGAGGAAAGUGGAGAUCGAGAGAAAAAAAAAGGAGAGGGAGCAGCAGACUGGAAGAGAGCGCGUUUUUCGGUUGCGCUUCACGCAGUGACAGAAUAUCGAAAAACACGAAGGAACAGCGGAAGAGGUUUCUCCGUCGAUGAAAAUGCAUGAGGCAUCGGAAGAGAAGAGCCAUCACGGUCUUUUGUGUCACAGUGUAAGGAAAACGCUUGCACCUUUGUUUUUGUGCCUCUUCUAUACGGUGACUCGCCAUUUCUGCACUCUGCGCGGAAAACGGGGCUUUCCAUGUCGGGCGUUUUAGAGUGGAAGACGAACUCAAUCAUCACUGAAGCACCACGAGACGAUACACUCCCUGUCGAGCGAUUCUGACACUUUCGCUCAACGCUUCUUCGUGGUUCUGCGUCGCUGCCUCAGUCCUAUCCCUGAGCGUCGGGGCGAACAAGAACAUGCGAAUGUCCAGUGCUCGAGAUGCGCAGGUAUCCGAGGCAUGGGCGUCGCUGCACAAAUACUCUUUCAGCAUUCAGCGAGACGCAGGCGACACGGAGAGUGGACCUGUCUCUUCGCUUGCCUGUCUGGUCGCACCUCGGCGACUUGGAGGAGGCUACCUGUCUUUUUUCUAC